ACUUUAUUCUUAUGCCAAAAAUACAAACUGUCAACACAUGAAUGAAGCGGUUGGUACGACAAGCAAUCGUAAACCUACUAGUGUAAUUGACUUCGGGUAAAGACACAAUGUUACCGCUGUCCUUGCUGAGAACAGCUGUCAACCACCCUAUGCUGGUGGAAUUGAAGAAUGGUGAAACAUACAACGGCCAUCUGGUCAGCUGUGACAACUGGAUGAACAUCAAUCUUCGCGAAGUCAUCUGCACAUCAAGGGAUGGCGACAGGUUUUGGCGCAUGCCAGAAUGCUACAUCCGUGGCAGCACCAUCAAGUAUCUGAGAAUACCCGAUGAGGUCAUAGACAUGGUCAAAGAGGAAGUAGUUCAGAAGUCAAAGGGCAGAGGUGACUUCAAAGGAGGCCGAGGUGGCGGUCAGAGAGGCCGAGGAAGAGGUGCUUUCCAGCCUGGUGGUCGCGGAGGCCGUGGUGGGGGUCGUGGUGGUGGUGGUGGCAACAAGCCAGGAAAUCGACGGGGUAACUGAAAACAGCAUGGAAGGUUUUGUCCAUUUUGUAUGUGUUCAAAUGGUUUCCCUGAAUGUAUGACCAUGGGGAAUUGUUGCAGAUGUUUUCAGGUGCAAGUUUGAACAAGAGGAAUAUGAAAGAUGGAUAUGUUAAGGCAGUCAAGUGUCAUUGUUGUAAGCUCUUGAAGUUCUGGUAUUACACACUAUGAAGUGCCUACAGAAGCGCUGGAAUUUUUCUGAAAAGCAAAGGCUUGCACAAAAAUUAUGAGUGUGUUGCUGUCAAUGAUUGUUUCAGAUAACUCCUAGCGUGAAAAGUGAGUAAGAUUAUGAAAAACUGACAAGUUUAAGUCGACGAGUCUCACUGCUGUAAGCCAUUGGAUUAUGAUAAGUGGUUGUUAGUAUGUUUGAGUUUGUGUGAGCAAAGUGAAACUGUUCAUGUGUUAUGAAUGACAAAAGGUCAUACUACGCUUGUUUGUGUGAGAGAUGUGCUUGUAUGUGUGGAUAUGAUUGCAUAUUGUAUACGUGACUUUUUGGGAAGAAUUGGGCUUGUCCUUUAUGAACGUGCUCGGUGCUCAUGUUUGUUCAGACCGGUGCGUGUGUGUGCUUGUGGGUGUUGAGAAAAAGAGUUGAACGUACACAGAUCUAGUGUAUACUGUUAAUGUUUGUUCGUUUGUUUGUUGGUUGUUGUUUUUUUUUGGGGGGGGGGGUGUAGAAGUGCGUGGAGAGGAUACUGUUGAUGUUAAUUUCUUUGCGACUAUAUUUAGGAUAAUUUUGUGCUCUCUAUUCCUGUCUGUGUAAUGUAGUUUCCAGUUCCCAUUUACAUUUGGUGGAAUAGUCAAUUUGUUGGGGAUUAUGGAGUGAACAGUCUAGGUCAGUAUACAAAGCCGUCAAAUGUUUUUGAUACAUGAGCUAAUUUAAUGUUGAAAGGCUUUUUUUCUGUGAAUAUUUCACAUUUGCAAAAACAAAAAUGUUGAGAUUUUUUCCAUGUAAAAGAACCAUCGCAAUCAUUUUGCUUCUCACUUUACAACUCAAAGAUAUCUUUUGACGGUAUGAGGCUGUGCAUUUGACCUGCAUGUUACAUCGUGGCUGCUCUCCUUUCAUUUUCUCAGAAAUAUAUUCAACUGCAAAGUGGUCAGGUCUUUUAAAACAGAAUACAUUGGCUUUUUUUCUGAUAGGUCAAUGUCAAUCUCAUUCAUUUUUGUAAUAUUGUGAAUAUUGCUGCCAUGAAAUACGGUAAUGCUUUUGUACAUGAAUAAAUUAUCACCUAAAAGUGA